AAUGAGAGUCUACCUUUGCUAGAAUUCAUCGGAGCAAGCCGAUAUACACGUGCGUAUAACGGAUGCGCAAUGGUCCAGUGCGUGGGGGUGAUUACCGGCGUACUUCCAUUGAUGUGCCAUAGUCACGCUCAGUUCUCUCCUUCUUCUUUAGUGUUUUACGAACCUUCUCCGUGUCGAGAGGGUUUAACGAACUUCCUCAUAUGACGUAUCAUCGAUACAUUUUAUCAGCUUCUUUAUUAUUUAUCUGAAAUAUUCAAUCAAUUAAUACAUUUUCAAUUAAUCGUUAUUCAAUAAUUAACAUUUUUAAGUAUGUCAGUGUUAUCUCAUUUUGAUUCGUACUAAUAGCUAAACAUUCAAUCACAUAAGAAGAAAAAGAAGAAAAAGAAGAAGAAGAAGCGCGGGCUUUCAAGAUUCAUCAUUGUAGUACUCUUAGAACAUAUCUAAUCUGACAAAUAAGAAGAUGGCAAGACAACAAACAGCCGAUCGAAAUAUACCUCAUUUACGUGACAUUUUUGGUUUUGGUAAUAAAUGGGAAAAUACGCGUAUGCAAGCCGAAGAAAAAGCUACUGGGCACGACAGCGCAGUUUCCGUAGGUUCUACUUCUGGGGAAGAAGAAAGUCCGAAGAACAGUAAGAAAAAGAAGACCAGAAGACGGGACAACAGUAAAACCCUUACUGAAAGCGACGUUAAACAUUUGGAGAGACAUCUUUCAAUGAAAAAGACGAUACGCAAGAAGAUAAUGCGUGAUCUUCAACAAGCUUUUGUUGAAGAUCCUAAUGAGUUUCGCGUCGAUGAUAUACCACCGGAACAACUCAAAGCUGAAAUCAAUAUUCAGAGUCUCAGUUUCGGUACGCCAUCUCAAAAACAAGGACGCACGCGUGGCAAUGCUGAAAGCACAUUUCUUGAUAUGCUCAGAGCAGGUGGUGGUUUAGAAAAAAAUGGUACAGAUGGUGAUAGGGAUUCUGGACACGGUGGUUCACCAACAAGAGAAACACCCAGUGCCCAAGAUACAGAUGAUGAAUGCAGCUAUAGCUAUGAUACUCCAACAGCGAUGCCACCGAAAAAGAGCGGCAACUUUUGGAGACGUUUCACUAUGAAAAAUCGUAAUAAACGAUAAGGAUCAAUCGUGUUUGAUUAUAAUUACAGAGUUUCGUUGACCAAACUCAAGGAUAUAAACUCUAUAUUGAUAUUUAUUAAUUUCCACCCUUUAUUACCAUCGUACCAACGUAGUUCGAGCAGAAAUUUGCAACUGUGAUAUGCAUUGAAGUUCAGUCCUAUUCCCUUUUGGAGAAAGAUUCCUUAUCCUUGUUUUUCUCCUCUCUCUCUCUCUCUCUCUCUCUCUCUCUCUCUUCUUGUCUCUUUCUCUCUUUUCCUUAUUUCUAUUGUAAGAUUUUAAGAAGUUUCCAAUAAAGGCUUUAUCAUAAUGAAAAGCAUUAAAAAUUAGAGACCAAGUCUAUUUUAAGAAAUUAAAGUAAAGACAAGUAUACACACACACACA